AAUUUACAAAUAUCAGAGGCUAAAAUUACACCAAAAUCAGAACUGCAACCUGCAUCCUACUCUUUCCGUUCUGGGCAAGCGACGUCACUUAUGUUCAAAUCCAUUUCUUCGAACUCAACUUCUUUAGACAGGAAAAGAACUAGAACUUUGGGUUUGUUUCCUUCAAGUCAACAAGCUUCUGCUUCGUAUGUUAUGCGAACUUCUACAGGUAUUACUGCUUCUCCGUCUCCGUCUCCUAGAUUGAUGGUAAACAGAAGUAGAAAAGUUUCUAAUGCUCCUGUGGAUCUAUCUUCUCAUAUGUCAUUUGGUGGUUUAAAAAGUGGUGAAAAUGAUGACGAAAAUGAAGAGUCAUCAUUUAAUGUGAAGCGUGGUGAGAAUAUUGAAAUAUUGUUUAACUUCUUGAGAUUACAAUCAUAUGAUGGAAAGUUUUUAGCCAGUAAAGAGUUUUAUAAGUAUUUUGAUGAUAGUGGAGUUAAAAUUAAUAGUAAUUUGAAAAAAAGUAUUCCUAAAGUAGAGGAAGAAAAUAAACAUAUCAAAGAAGAAAUUUGGACGACAUCAAUUGCCAUAAAGUAUUUGGAAAUUGUGCUGUUUCCCAAAUUUAAAGAAGAAAGUGAGAUUUGCUUUGAGAAAGCAACAAAAGUUUUAAAGAAACUAGUGAUGGAAAAUGGAGAUGGAUGUAAAGGAAAUAAUUCGGAGGAAAAAGUUAAUUGGGUUUUAGAAAAAGCCGAAGAAUGGAUUACAAAAUGGGUUAAUGAAGGUUAA